AUGCUCUGCAAGCCUCUCCUGUCCUUCGCCGUGCUUUUGGGCGCCGCCGCCGCCCAGAAUGCUACACUUCGGUAUAUGCCCUUUGGCGACUCCAUCACGGAGAUCAUCUGCUGGCGCGCGAAGCUCUGGGAGAAGCUAAAGACGACGGAGUGGGGAACGGUGGACUGGGUCGGGUCGGGAAAGACCGAAAACAAUUGUCGGGACACCACCUACGAUCGCGACAACGAGGGUCACUCGGGCUUCCUUGCCAUCAACAUCGCCAACAGCAAGCAGCUCGUCGGUUGGCUCAACACGAACCCGGCGGAUGUCAUUACGAUGCACCUAGGCACCAACGACAUUGUGCAACAGAACAAGCCGGUUGAUCAAAUCAUCGCGGCGUUCACGACCCUCGUUGGGAAUAUGCGGGACAGUAACCCCAAUAUGAAGAUUGUGGUCGCUCAAAUCAUCCCCAUGGGCCUCGGCAGCUACAACACCCAGAUCCAGGCCCUGAACGCAGCCAUCAUCCCAUGGGCGCAAGGCCUCAACACCACCGAGUCGCCCAUCUGGGUCGUGGAUCAGUACACGGGCUUCAGUGGCACCAGCGACCUACGUGACGGUGUGCACCCCAACGAUGCGGGCGACACCAAGAUGAUGAAUGUCUGGUACCCGGCCUUGGUCAACGCAUUCCAGGUGGCUGCGGCAGAAAAGGCGGCGGCUGCUAAGCUGGUAGAGGUCCCGUUCACGGCAUAG